AUGCCGCUGCCAGCCGACUGGCUGCUCUGCCACUCAGUGGUCACGUUUCUGCUGUUGCACAGCCUUGUCCUGAUGACCUUCUGCUUCCACCAUGCGGCCACCAGCUGCUCCAAGUACUGCUACUGCUCAGAGAGCGCGGACGGGGGCCAGACGGUACGCUGCAGUAACCUGCGCCUGGCCGAGGUUCCCCCGGACCUCCCGAAUGACACCCGCCACCUCUACCUGGACUUCAACCACCUCACCUCUGUCCCCACCGAUGCCUUUCUGGGUCUGCCCCUGCUCAGCGAGCUGGACCUGUCCCACAACGAGCUGGCCCAGCUGGAGCCGGGGGCCUUCCGGGGCCUGGCCGCCUCCUUGGAGUUCCUGGACCUCUCCUCCAACCAGCUCAUGACCCUCAGCCCCCAGGCCUUUGAGGGCCUGCACGCGCGGGCCAACCUCACCCACAACCCCUGGCACUGCGACUGCAACCUGCAGACCGCCAUGCCCCUGUUGGACCUGGAGCCCACCUCGCUGACCGGCGUCGUGUGCCAGACCUCAGAGCCCCAGGAUGCGGGCGUACAGGGACUGCCGUUCCUCCUGGCCGGAGACGUGGACCUCUGCGUGGUGCUGAAGAAGACCACCGAUGUGGCCAUGCUGGUCACCAUGUUCGGCUGGUUCACCAUGGUCAUCUCCUACCUGGUCUACUACGUGCGGCACAACCAGGAAGACGCCCGGCGCCACCUGGAAUACCUUAAGUCCUUGCCGAGCAAGCAGGGGAGGUCGGAACAGUCCUCCACCCUCAGUACUGUGGUGUAA